GGUGCCGGGGUGAGUCUCCCCGGCGUGGUGGCGGCCAAGUGCGGUGCUGAGGUGAUCCUGUCCGACAGCGAGGAGCUGCCCCAGUGCCUGCGCAACUGCCGGAGAAGCUGCCUGAUGAACCACCUGCCCCACGUACCGGUUAUAGGGCUCACCUGGGGGCGGGUAUCUCCAGAGCUGCUCUCUCUUGCUCCUGUGGACAUUAUUUUAGGGUCAGAUGUCUUUUUUGACCCAAAAGACUUUGAAGAUAUUUUAACUACAAUUUACUUCUUGCUGGAAAAGAAUCCACAUGCUCAAUUCUGGACUACUUAUCAAGUCCGAAGUGCGGACUGGUCUAUUGAAGCUUUGCUCUGCAAAUGGAAACUGAAGAACGUCCGCAUUCCCUUACACUCAUUCAGUGCAGACAAAGAGCACUUGGCCAGCUCUUCUCUUCCAGGAAGACAUACGAUUGAAAUGAUGAUCAUCUCACUAGCAAGAUCAGAUGGUACUUAAGUUUAUUCCACUUGUUGGUUCCAAUACAAGGUGACACGUAACUGUUUGCUGUAGCAUGGAUCUGCAGAAAACACUCCUGUUGACAGCAAACCCCAUGCAUGUUUUUGGGAAGCAGAUCCCUUCAGCAGUAAUUCUUAAAACAUGCGUUGUAAAAAUAAAGCUGUUUAAUUGU